CGGCGGCUUCUCGGAUGCGGCGGAAGCAGAAGCGGCUGCUGCAGGCGGUGGGGCUGGCGCUGGCCGCCCUUGUCUUCCUUCCCAACGUGGGGCUUUGGUCGCUUUACCGGGAGCGGCAGCUGGAUGGCGGCGGCGGCGGCGAUGGCAGAGAAGCGGCAGGCGGCGGAGGCGCGGGGGGAGCCCGCGGGGCGGCGGCGGCAGCUGGGGCGGUACCGGCGGCAGCGGCGGCAGCAGCCCGAGGAGAAGCGCAGGUGAGAAGUGGAGGGAGCCGCAUAUUUUUCUCCUCCCUCUCUGUCUCUUCGCCUCACGUCUGGGGUCUUGUGGGGAAGAGCGGUUGCUACUUCGGAUGUAGCCGGGAGACGAGGAUCCUCCUGAGGGGACGACUCGGACUGUUAUUUUUUUUAUUUAAAACAAAUCUGCCUUUCAUCCUCAUUUCUAUAGUCAGUGGUGACGGAAGAGGAAGCGGCCGCUCUCUAUGGGGUGAAGGGCCUCUGCAUUGCCUGUACGUUUACAUUAUAUAUGUGUGUAUAUAUAUCUAUACACAUAUGUACUAUGUGUAUGUGUACACACACACAGAGGGAAAGGAUAGCUGAGCCGCAUAGAGGUUUCUCUAUCUUACACACACACACAGACACACACACACACACAGAGGGAAAGGAUGGCUGAGCUACACAGAUGUUUCUCUCUCUUUCUCUCUCUCUCUCUCACACACAUCCAGGGCAUUGACCCAUUAGUAUGAAGGGGUGACAGGGCGGGGGGGGGGGCAGAGGAAGGAAGCCACACUUCCUUUCAGGCCAAGAGGUGGCUGAGGAUAAAGCAGCUGUCUGGGGUGGGGUGGAGGGAGGCUUUGUGACCCCCAUGCUCUGUUGCUUUUGGCAGGCUCCGCUCCUCGGCCAUUACCCUCCUCUCCUGGGCUAAUACCCUUUGCAAGACUUGUAAGUCAUAGUUGGCUUACCUGAUCUUGCCUGUUCUACUAAUAAGUGAACCGCGUGGAGGUGGAGAAAGUAAGGCAGAGUUUUCCUCCUCCUUUCUUUCUUUUUGGAGGGGAAUAGGCAGUUCCCGUUUUGAACCAGACUGAAUCAUAGGUUGAUUUUGCAAGUGCUCACACAGAAGAGCUGUAGAUUACCAGGUUGUUGUUCUUUUUUUAAGAAAAAAAACCUGAUUGAGCAUCUUUUGUAUUAAGAGUUUCUGGGUUUCCCUUUUAAAUUAACAUGCUGGCAUUAUUCUUGUUUUGGCACCCUGUCAUUAAGGAGCAAAAUAAGGUGAAGAGCAUGAGCUGUCACUAGUAAACUAAUCUUCUUUGUUAUAAGGCUCUCAUUGUUUAGGUCACCUCAGAGUUAAGGGUGUAAGGUUGCAAUCCUGUGCAUAUCUAAUGGGAGCAGCAGUUUCGUCAUGCUGGUAGAAGUGGAUUCUUAUGGCAGAGUAAAUCUGUUACUGCUGCAAGACUACUUGUUGUUUUAACUUGAGAAUUCAUUAACGUAUGUGUUUUAGUUUUGAGUAAGCACACACAACUCAUUGAGGUGAUCAGCUUUAUAUUUUAUCUGUAGUCUUAUAGAGAAAGUGUCUCAGUCAGCUACUUAAGGUAAUGUUCUUUUCAUUUAUCUAAAUAUAUAUACAUUUAGUUCUGUAUUGUACAGCUAUGGUAACUUUAUUUCUUUAGUGUUAAUGAAAAAGGCUUCAUUCAAGACAAAAUGCUGUGACACACAAAUGUGCAGUGUCUCCCAAAAUAAUGAACAUAAAUUCUUAGCAACGUGUACAAUGAGUUUUGAAAGUUCCUGCUGGUAUGUCAGUUAUAAACUUGUUCUGUCUUCACUUGAAUGCCCUAAACAUGAAUCCCUUCUGUUGCCAUUUCAUGGACUUUUGUUUGUUCUUCUAGUUUCACACUUUAUUGCCCUCACUGCUAUUCAGAUUUCAAGAAAAAAUAAUAUUCUUAGGGGUGCCUAAUUAGGUAUUAUAUAUAAAUUAUGUGCACAGACCUAGUCCACAGCCCUAACAACCUUUUUUGGCACACACUAGGAAAGGGGAGAGUGUCUGAGGUGGAAAAUAUUAUCAGAGAAAUUUGUUAUGUUUGCGUUUGACAGAGGGAACAGACCAAUCUUUAACAAGUGUUUAAACACAGUUGUGAGAAAAGAACCAGGUAGGUCUUGGAGAGAAGAGUCAUGGGAAGGGUGCAUUCAGGAUAUAUUAUUGGGUUUAUGGAAGAAGGGAAAUGUACCAGAGAUGCAGGCAGAGAAGUAAAAAGUUAUCUUCUUCUCAAUUAUGUUGAUCCUCAUUUCAGAUCUCUCGGCUGCUAUACCAUAGGCUGGGAUUGGGGGAAGAGGUGUGUGCUUUGAUGAAGUGUUGCCUUCUGCUGUGCUUGCCGUUGGGAACAGUGGCUACCUCCUCUCUGGAGGCCAUGAGGAGGAGUUAGCUUUUGCUUCUAUGUUAGAUUAUAACAUGCCAUAACAUUUGAACCUAGAUGAAAUGCAGUAUUCUUAACUAUCAUCAGUGAGGGUGGGGAGAGGAAACCAGCUUCGAGCAAUGGUUUAUGUAGCUGCGUUUUCACUUACCAUAGUAAAGAUUAACCACAGUUUAGUGCUGGGAUGUAACACUAAAUUGUGGUUGAUCUAAAAUGGAAAGAGACAUGCCAGAUAUUGUCUUUGCAGCUGUGCUGGAGUCAGUAUGUGAGCCAGGGGGUUGCUACAGCUUGUCCGUGUAAUGAAUGAAUGAAUGCCUUCAAUGUAUUGGUUUAAUUUAAAUUGUAGGGAGAUUAGUGCUGUGAGAAAUCAGUGGUUUUGCAGAUGCCAUUUAACAUGGUUCAUAAUUACCUGUAAAACUUUUUAAAUAAUUAAUAUUGGUUUCUGGUCCUUAUAAGUCAUGCCAAAUGUACUGUACCUAUCAUAGCUCUUUCACUCAGCAGUGGAGUGGAAACCAAUAAUGGUAGAACUGCAAGUAUUUGUUUACCAAAAAGACUACAACAUUUAGUGGCUCUCUGUUGCAGCAUUAGUUUAUUACAAAAUGAUCACACAAAGCUGAGUACAGUUGGAUCAUAAAGCUUAUAAUUAAUAAUGUAUUUUCAUCUUUCUCCUCAUUAGGAAAACAUUUGUUAGAUUACUCCUGCAAAGCUGUGAUUAAUUUUCUAAGCCUCCUCUUAGUCUGUUAGUUAGCAUGUCAUUAAAAAAAAAUCUAGCCCUACAAUUAAAAAAAAUAUAGAUUUGCAGUUCACUGUAACACAAGACUCUAUGAACUGCACAGUGCAUGGGAAUAUUAGUACCACUGUCAUCAUAACACCUGGUGAUGGAGGAUGAAAGCUGCGUUCUCAGUAACAUCCACAAGCACGUUUUUGCAUUUUAGUUUUCUGGAUGUGUUAACACCUCUCAGAGGACUGUAUCCUCUUGUUUGUAUAUUUGGCAAGCAUGCAAAAGAAGUCAUCUGUCAUGCAGUCAUCUUUUCCUCAGUCUUAAGACUGUACUGUGGGCAUGGAGGGCAAAUUAUUCAAGUAUUGUAACAGUACCAACCAGUGUGUCAUGUGCUGGCUAUGUUUGCAUCUUGAAUGAUAUAUUGUAGUCCAUAUCACAAACUCUUGAUAAUACUGUAGUCACCAGAACAUCUGGUGAGGAAAGGGAGCCUGUUGUGUGAUAUUGAGUAAAAAGUGCUAAGUCUGGAACUAAAUUGGUACCCUAGAAGCAAAUGUCUCCCCACCCCCAAUAUUUUCAAACACAGCACAAUUAUUCGAGAUUCCCGCGUUGCAGAGGGUUGGACGUGAUGACCCAUGAGGGUUCCUUCUGAUUCUGUGAACCAGAAAAUGCUUAUUUCAAUAAUUAAACUUCCUCAUUUUGUAACUACAUUUCUAAACAAAAUUCUAACUAGUUUCUGUACUACAUUUGAGGGUAAAAUCCUAGGCCUUUGCUCAUGCUUUCAGAUCGCCUACUCAGACUUAAGUGACAGAACUUUCCAAAGUCCAGAGUUUUUUGUUUUUUGUUAUCUGUGUUUUCUGUAAGGUGGAAAGUAUAUUUUUCUUUCUUUUUUUUAAAGACAUGCCUUGCUUUUUACAAUAUCUGAGUCUCAAGGCAUCUUUCAAAAAGUAAAAGCAUACAAAAUACAAAAUUUAAAACAUGUAUUAAAACAUCAGAGAAUAAAACAGAACAGGAUUCAUGAUGCAAAGGCUUACUGAAAGAAAUCAUUUUAAACUGAUGAUAUGAUCAUUCCCAAUGUCAGCACUAUAUCAAAGUAUGGCCCAUUCCCCACAAGUUUGAACAGAGUUCUGUAUCCCCUGGCUCCCUCAACAUAUGCAAAGGCAGAACAACAGGGCAGUGCAAGGAAGGGGAAUCUGUUCCACAGUUAUUUAUUUCAAGUAAUUUGUUAGUUGCCAUUCAAAAUACAUUAUUUUCCCAUGACAGUUUACAUCAUUUAAAACAAUUUAAAACUUCUAUCCCAGGAGAAGAAGUGCUAUAGCUGUGGGGCCACUUCUAUAUGCCAAACUGACCUCUGUUUAUGGCUUCCAUAAGCAAGAUUUUCCUAUAGCUGAUCUACAUUUCUGGAAGGUUCACAUAUUUCCAUCUACCUUGCUGCUCAGACAAGUUAACGUACAUAUUCUGCAAAACCUGUUGAGUGGCAUGUGGCUAUGUCAGAGGGGAAAAUCAGUUGUAGGAGUGUUGAGCCUUAUAGAAGAACUGUGAGAACAGGAUGCUGGACUACAUGGGGCAUUUGCCUGAUUCAGCAGGCUCUUCUUAUGUUCUUAUCUAUUGAGCAUUCAUCCUGAUUUGUAUUCAGGGAAAUUAGAUGGUGUUGGCUAUUUAAUGAGCAUUCAUUGUCAUUUGCUGGAAGGUUAGAUGAUGUUGCAUUUAAGCAAGUAUUGUCCCACACUUUCCAGGGCAUUUUCCCCCUCACUUGCUGCAAAAUGUGUAACCUUUUUGGAAACUAAAACAUGGUGGUUGAACUGCUGAUCAGGACUAAGCAGUGGUAAUACAUUUCACCAGUAUUAACAAGCUCCAUUGGAUUCCUGUCCGUUUCCAGAAUUACAGUUUUCUGUCUUCAGGUAGGUAGCUGUGUUGGUCUGACGCAGUCAAAAUAAAAAUAAUAAUAAAUAAUAAAUUGUCCAGUAGCACCUUAUAGACCAACUAAGUUUGUUCUGGUAUACGCUUUCGUGUGCAUGCACGAAGACCAAACUUAGUUGGUCUAUAAGGUGCUACUGAACAAUUUAUUUUAUUUUAGUUUAGUUUUUAGUUUUCUGUCUGUUUUGAUUCCCACAUUAACUUGGCUACCAUUUAAGGUCAAAGGAUGCCCUUUUCUCUGUGUUGUGCCAUAACACAAGAAGCAGGAAAUGGCAUUUUAUGUGGAAUGUUUUUCUUAGGGCUUUUCACCUGGCAAACAUCCUGGUGAGUUUUGUGUACCAGGCGAAAAACUUUGUUAUAUGUUUCAUCUUUUUGUUGCUGCUAAUUGCGGUUUUAGCUUUGUUUCAAACCACAGCUUGGUUUUACUUUGUAGGGAGUGUAUUUUAGUUGUAGCUGUUUUAUUGUCCUGGAUAAGAUUAAUGUUUAUGAUAUGAUAUGUCUUUAAAACAAAUUUUGGUCUACAGUGUAAAAGACACUACAUUUCAAUCAAUAUAUCUGCAGGGAACAAUUGAUGAUAGUAUAUUACACAUGUUGCUACAAAGCCAAAAAGAGAUUGACCACAAAGACAAAUAAGAAUUAAGAAGUAUUGCAUUUCAAACAGUAGACAACAAGAUGCUUCUGGAAUAUGACAAACAAGGCAUAAGGUUAUGUUAACAUCCGAAAUUCAGAAAUGUAGUAUUUUAUAUAUGGAUGCUCAGUGAGUAAUAGCCCUUUAGCAUCUUCUCAACAUCUUGCAGUAGUGAAUUUCAUAAGUUAAUGAUUAAUUGUUGUUAGCAAUACUUUAUUUUCGCUGUUUCAGACAUGCUGCACAUAAACUUAAGUGGUCAAUCCUUAAUAGAGGGAUUAAAAAGUUUUAUUCACCUUUUGCUACAUUAUUCAUAUCUAUCUGUCUAUAUGAACUACCAGCUAGGGUGACUAUAACCAUAUAAUCAAUAUCUCUUCCACGCAGCACACUUCAUACACAUCCUCCCAUCAAUUGCCUGUGAUUAGUGCAAUACAAUAAUCUAAAGCUUCCCGCUGAAUUUACAUUUAUCAUUUUGCAAUCAGCAGUUACUAUCCAAUAGAAAAUCCUGAUUUAUUUCUAUUACCACUAUGUGUAUAUUCAUUUUGCAAAGUAACCUUUCCAAACUUCUCCCUCAAUUCAUAAAAGUAGGAGAGGCUGUAUUUCCCGUCUGCUCUUGUGAAGUAGCAAUAUAUGGUUGGUAUGGGAUCCUUUAGCUCAGCCUAGAAAAAGUCUGAGGUGCAAUUAAUUAAAUCCACAUCUUCGUAUUGACAUACAUAAAAUAUGGAUAAUUUCAGAAUAAGCCCAGAUCAAAACACAUGAUUUUGAUUUUCCUUUUCAAGAACUGGUACAAAAGACAGUUCUAUUUUCCUGUUGUAUUAUAACCAUCUACAGAUGUUUUAGACAUAAUUUCUUAAUGGGCUUUGACAGUGCCUUCUAAAAGCCAGCUGUUUGGCAAAUUUUGAAUGGGCUAUAAAUAUAUUGUGAAUGUGAGAUAGAAAUAAGUCCCUGCGAAUCAGGUUUCAUGGAGUCUAAACUCUUGAGAGUUAAGCAUUCAAUACUCUCUUUUCUUGUAAAAUAGGUGAUGGAAAAUAUUUAUAUAUUAUCCAGAAAAGUCAUAUUAAUUAUUUAGGACUUGAUGCUGUCCUACUUUUUUGACAGGGAAGAUAAACUGCUGCACUUCCUUUUACAGUUUAAAGAUGUGCUCAUAAUAUGUGUGGAGUCCCUGACAUUUCACAGCCUAAGUUAUGCUAUAUAGAUACAGUGGUACCUCUGGUUACGUACUUAAUUCAUUCCAGAGGUCCAUUCUUAACCUGAAACUUUUCUUAACCUGAAGCACCACUUUAGCUAAUGGGGCCUCCCGCUGCUGCCACGCCACCAGAGCACAAUUUCUGUUCUUACCCUGAAGCAAAGUUCUUAACCCGAGGUAAUACUUCUGGGUUAGCGGAGUCUGUAACCUGAAGCAUAUGUAACCUGAAGCGUAUGUAACCCAAGGUACCACUGUACUUAUAGCUAUCUAAAAGGUUAGAGAUUCUUAAGUCUUUGCUUCUCAGGCAAUAUUGUACUCAGCCGUAAAUAGACCUGUCUUACAUGAAAGGAAGUACAAUUGUUGCAUCACUACCACAUGAUCAGACAUAUUUUGUUUGAUUCCAUUAUUUGCUGUUUGAAGAAAAACAUCUUCUCUUAAGGUGUGGUUUUUGGCUCUUGUGGAGGUUAACCGGAUCAUUUCCAGGCCUUCUCCUGCAUUCAGUCAACUGCUAUCACUGUUGGUGAAUGUUCAGUGUUUAUCAAAAUGCUAAAACUGGGGGGGGGGGGGGGACAAGAUGUAAACAAACAGUAAUCACUGUUUGCAUACAAAUUACUUCAUCAAAAUAGUUCUGCACUAAUUUAUUCAGUGACGUGUGAGAGUUCUGUUUUCAUGAGUCAAAAAAGAGCCAUCCAUGUGUAUUCAUAUUUUGAGUCCUCAAAAGCUAUCCCCACACAGAAUUCCCAGACCUUUAAACCUUUGAGUUUAAAAAGUGGGUUGGGUAAACAUGGUACAAGAAUGAUUUAAAAGAGAAAAUUAUACUGUGCAUGCAUAGACACCUUUCCUCAUUUUUCCCUAUUAAAAAUUCUUCCUGCUAAAUUGUGCUCUCUUUUUUUGUAAAUUUGGAGCUUGCAGAGCACUUUGAAGGGACAUGUUUGUCCCUCUGGAUCAGAGUCAACAGCACUGAGACACAUGAUGUACCAAAGAGUGCUUUGUUAUGAUCUAUCACCAAUAUGUUUAAUCAUUAUCUCCAAAAUGUUGAUAUAAAGGAGCUUUAUAUCAUGAUAUUUUUACUUCAUUAAAGAUGGCUGUUUCAAACAAUAUCUCCAAAAAGGACUGCAUUUUUCCUUGAAGUAAUAAUAUUUGGAGUUUAUAUAGCACAUUUAGAACAUUCUGAGAACUUCACAUAUAUGAUUUUAUUGCAAUUGCCACAACCACCCAUUAAAGUAGGUCAGCAUUGCUUUCCCUUUAUUGCCGAUGAGGCAACUGAGACUGAUAGAGUUUGCCUAAAGCCGUCUAACAAGAUAAUAGCUGUAGUGAGCUUUGAAGUAGAAAUUUCUAGGUUCACAACUUAUCCACUGUGCUACACUAGUUCAGUGUGCUGAUGGAUUCAUAAUAAUAAUCUUACUAAUAAUCAGCCUUCUGAAUUCCUCUUUCUCCAUUUGAAAAACGGGGGGUUGUGUUAGAAUUAAAAGAAAGUUUACGCACAUGUGAGUAAAAACAGUGCCAGCAUCCACAGCUUUGCUUUUUUGUCCUUGUUAUGGCAGUUAGAGGCAAGCUACUGCUUUGUCUAAAAAGGAGCUUGGCACCAUAACUGGUUCUCUCCCACAAAUACAUGCAGGCUCCUUGAGCCUUAACAUUUGGGUUGCUAAUUUACCUUCUGGCUGCUGCAUACCUCUAUUCUGUGCAUUUGUAUUAUGCUGUUUUUAAAACAUAAUUUCUGAUUCAGAAUACAACAGUAUUCCAAGAAGGAAAUAGCACCAGAGCAAAUAGUUUUUUUACCAGUAGGAGCAAUGGAGCAAUCUCUCAGGAUGGUCUUGCCACAGACAAAUGUUUGUUCUUAAAAGGAAAAUGAGUUUUCAUUCCAUACCCAUGAUGGAUCAGAUUUUGGAUUAAACUUGUAGUCCCUUGCAAAUGUCAGUCCAGCCAAAGGAUAUGGUUUUUGAAGGGUGUCUUUGUGGUGUUUUGUAUUUAUUAAAAAAAGAAAUAAAGUGUGUGUGUGUGUGUGUGUGUGUGUGUGUGUGUUUUAAUUGUCAAAAGGAGAUUGACACCUACUUUAAGGUAAGGUUACCAGAUGUCCCCGUUUCCCAGGGACAGUCCCCGGAUUUACAAAUCAGUCCCCUCACAAAAUCCUAUCAUUCUUACUGAAGUUGGAAAGUGUCCCUGGAUUUUUGUGCAAUAUCUGACGCAGGAGGAACUGUACCCACAAAUGCAGGCCCAUCUUAAACAAUGAUUUUUCUUAAGGCUGCAUGCUAGGCUCUGUUUAAGUUUAUGAUCUUUGAUUUUUGUGCAAGGUGUAAAGUUGUAAUCUUGAGAAGUUCCAGAUUACCACCCCCCACCCAAAAUAUCAAACAAACAACACCUUGACACAAAGGCAUUUCAUCUUGUACUGUAUUGGGCAUAAUUCUAGCAAUCCAAUUAUAUGAGAUAUGCCACAAAAUGUAUAAGAAAAAAUGCUAAGAAUCAUUCUAUAUAUUUUUUUAUUUUAAAGUUUUAUUAUAUUUCUGUAUUUUUAUGUAUGUCAUUUGUUCCAUCACAUUGGUGCACUUUGCAAAAAAGCUUAUAAAUACUUUAAUUUAAGAGUGAGUUGAUUUCUUUUAACUAAUGAGAAUUUUUUAACAAAAGGUCUAAACCUUAAUCUGUUGUUUUGUUCAGCACUUUAUAUAUUAUAAAAAAAGUUUUGUUAUUGGAUCUGACUAGAAAUAACAUUAUAUAAUGCUGCCACUUAAUUGGUGAUUUUAUUAUAUUUUUAUAUAGCAUUUACAUGGCUUAAAUAACCAUUCAUAGCUGGAACCAGGCACACCAAAUAGCAACUAAACAAAAGAUUAAAAUUACGUUUUUUUUGUAUGUUUAGCUAUUGAACGUUACUAGAUUUCUUUGAUAAUUUUUCAGCUUGGUAGGCAACAUAAAGGGCUGUUUACAACUAUUAAUCUAAAUCCAUUUUUAGAGUAUUAUUUAAUAUUUCUUUCUACUCUGACCUCACUUUCAUUAAAGCAAGGGAUGAAAACAAUGAAGGAAAGAUUAGCUUCAAGUCUAUAAUUCUUCAUUUUAGAGGGAAAUGUACCUCACUCAGAUGCAUUGACUUGGUACAGAAAACAGCUAAGUAAAGCCCUAUGCAAUGGAUUGUUAAGCAGAAAGCAAAUCCAAAACAUGACAAACCAAAUAUCACUGUCAAAGGUAUUGAUGCAAUACUCCUUUGACCUUUCUUAAAAUGCCACAUAAGUUAAACCCCACAGUUUUGAAAUGUUCUUUGAUGACGCACCAGGGCAGGGUCAUCCUGUAGGUCAACAUUCACCAUUCUGGUGGACUCCUCUUCCCUGGAGGUUUUUAAGCAGAGGUUGGAUGGCCAUCUGUCAUGUAUGAUCUAGUUGUGAGUCGUGCAUUGAAGGGGGUUGGAUAGAUGACCAUUGGGGUCCCAUCCAACUCUACAGUUCUAUGAGUCUAUGUUUUGAAAAUAUGGCUUGUCAGUAAUUCAGUUUAGCCUUGAAUGCUUUCACAAACUUAUAUAUAAUGUUUAUUUAAAAGGGUUUCCAUACAAGGCAGAAGAAAGAAGCUUAUCUUGAAAACAGACAAAGGAAAAAGGACUGGCAUGACAGGGAUGCUAUAAAGAAAGACUUGCAACGUACAGGUGUGUAUGAUAACUCAUUCAGCCUUAAGGCAUGUAAUAUUGAAUUACAUAUUCAGUAACCUAUAAGUAAAAUGGAACUGAGCACAAAGUACUGGGGGAGGGUAUAUGUAACGCAGUAUCGAUUACUGUUAACAGAGUUUACAAGAAAGUCAGCAGGCCUUUGCUAGCAAGUGUCUGGAACGUGCUUCGGGCAGUGGUUGAGCAAAGAAGUCUACUACUUCUGUUUUUCUUUUCAGUUCUGAUAAUUUGCUAUGUUAUCAUAUGGGUGUUCUUUUGUUCCAAGGGAAGAAACUGAAAAAUGCAACAGGACCUCAGACUUCAAACUAGAAAGGAACAGCAGCUAUGUUUGUAUGCUGCUUGCUCCCAACCAUUCUACAAGCAUGAUGUCUUUCAAGGUCUUUCAAGCUAGCCAUUUGAGAGUGCAAUUUGAUGUAUCACAAUGGGCAGGACAAGAAGGAAAGAAGGAAGAACUGCGUGUGGCACACCACCCCAUUUCAAUCUUCACUGGAAGGCUUAAAUGCCCAAGUUUCCAUUGCAAAGGCCUUAAAAGCAUCAGUGGGACAUAAAUGGAAGGGAGAAAAAUGAUGACUGAUGUUAAGCAAACCAGAGACUGCCGUAACUUGCUAUUUUGAAGCAGAAUGAUGUAAAUUGGUAUGUGAGUGUGGAGGCCAUGCAAAAUCUCCCUUUUCCAGUUGAAGUGGCAAAAAAUGUAAGCCUGAAACUGGUGAAGAUUUGUCAUACCAGCCCUAGAACGGAGUUAGGGUUUUUUGAGGCUUUCAUCCUUGAUUUUGGCAGCCUUCUGUGUGGUACAGUAGUACCAGUUGGUGGAGAGAGGGAAGGUUGUGCUGACAACAGCAUCCUGCUAGACUUUAUGCAAUGGGAGGGAAUAAUAAGAGUUAAUCAAAUUGAUCUAGAUAGAAAUUGAGCAUUUGCCAGACUUGGUUUGUGUCUCCAAAACCAAAUAGUGGGGCCAACAGAGAACAAGGGCAGGAAAGUUCCCCACAUAUUUUUAAGAAACUGAUUGGCCUUCCUAGGUUGUGUAUAUUUUGCAUCCUAUAAAUUGAGAUAAAUCUAAUUAGUCCCAAAUCUGACCUUUUUUUCAAAAUGACAGUUAACAAGGUAUCUGUUAUAAACACCGUUUAGUGUUCCUAUAGUUCUUUCAGUUUUAUCAUCCACUUCUCAACUGCUCGAUAGUUUUAACAGAUGUAAAGUGUGGUGUUUGGACAUCAUACUGUGUCCUUGAUAGAAUGUGGCAUAAUGAGUAUUGCCUAGCCAGCCGUGCUAGCUGAGACUAGUGGGAGUUGUAGUCCAUAAUAUCUAGAGGGACCAGAUUGACAGAAUUCAGAAUUCAGCUUUCAGCCACUGGAAUUUUAUAAGUAUUAAUGGCUCCACUUCUUUUGCUAUAGGAAAUGGAGAACAGGGAAAACCGUAUCCUAUGACAGAUGCCGAGCAAGUGGACCAGGCAUACAGAGAAAAUGGCUUUAAUAUUUUUGUGAGUGACAAAGUUUCUCUCAAUCGAUCCCUACCAGAUAUACGACACCCAAAGUAAGUACAAACUUUUCUUGUUACUGAAAGUAUGAAGGUUUCUAUUUCUAAAAUUGGCCUUUCUGUAUCCUAACUUGAGUGUCAUUCCAAUUUGUAUUGCCCUUGCUUGUUACAUACGUCUGCAGUAUCUUGAUAGGUUGAAUUAUCUAAUGUAUUAAACAAGAAACCUGAUAGUUCAGCAACUCUUAACUCUGUCAUCAGAGCCAAGAAAUAAAGCAUAAAUAUUUAUGUACAGAGAUUCCAACCGUUGCAAAUAAACUCUCCUCUGUAUUUUAUGUUAUUGGUGAUUUAUUUUAAUAGGUUUGCUAUAGAGUGGAUAUGUUUUAUUGUCAGUGUUGUUGCUGUUGUUAUUUUCUUGCCCAUCCUUCAUCAGAAGAUCCCAUGGCAGGUUACACCAUAUAAACACACAAUUAAAACAUUGAAACUAUCUGAAUAAAUGAGGAAUAGAAAAGAACCCUGUGGGUCACGGAACAUCUGUUUACUUUGGAUGUAUCCUCACUUUGAGAUUUGGACGUACCCAGGGCUAUGAAAUGCCCUUAAAAUUCUCUUCAGCAAUCACUCACAGCUUGUAUGAUACGUAUUUUGUAAACAAAUUACAUUCAGAAAGUGCUGCCUGACAGUCAUCCUUCUUUUAGUGUUUGAUAUGAUCUCUCAUCUCUUUGACAUUCCAUCCAAAAAGUUUUUCAAAUAUCUCCUCCAUCCCACUAAGAGGUAUCAUUGUUUAAGUCUUCGAUCUUCUAUAGCACCAAUGGGGAACCUCUGGCCUAUGGACCCAGUUAGAAUCUUGUUCUUCCUGAAUCUGUCCUAAUACAGGCUAUUUUUCAACUGUAUGUUUAAUAUUUAGCUACAAUAAGCGAAAAAACUCAAAUAAUAGUAGUAACCAUUCUUUGUAUUCUGGUCAAGCUAGUUACUGUGUUCAUCUGUCUUGUAGCUGCAAUAGCAAGCUAUACCUGGAAAACCUCCCCAACACCAGUGUAAUAAUCCCAUUCCACAACGAAGGGUGGUCAUCACUUCUCAGAACAGUGCACAGUGUUCUCAAUCGCUCUCCUCCUGAACUCAUAGCUGAAAUUGUACUGGUGGAUGAUUUCAGUGACAGAGGUACUUUCAUUAUAAUAUUUAUUUAUGCAGACAUAUGACUGAACAAAAAAAAAGGUAUAUAGCAGAUUACUUGUGCAGAUAUUCUGCUGACAAAAUUCAUUAAGUGAACCCUGCCCAGUAUUCCAAAUGUUGUUGCAUAUAAUAGGAUAUAUUCAUACACAAAAUGCUCCUCUCCAAGGUGUGGAAGAUUGUUUGCAAUUCUGUAUUCAGCUUAUGGUGGAUAACCAAUGUUUGGGUACACAAAGAACUGCCAUUCUGGAAAUAUCCAUAGCUAACUAAAACAUACACAAAGGUUGUCAGAACAGGAACUGCCAUCAAAAUUCCUUUAUUGCAAACUGACUCCAGAAUCUCUUACGUUAAGUCAUAGGAGCUUUUUGUGGAUUUGUGUUUUAAUUUCAACCACUAUUCCUUUAUCUUAUUUAAAUUAACUUAUUUCAUAUACUGACUUUCAGAAUGCUAAUUAUAUUCUUGUGUUCAGAGUGGCUCAAAUAGCUAAUGCUUUAUCAAGCAUGGAAAUCAUUUACAGUUGUUGAAAUGGAGAACAUGUGUUUGUAUUAUCAUUAGAUUUUUAGAAAUAUUUAAUAGAGAGUGAGUUUUUAUAUUAAAUAGUGAGUGAGUUUUUCAGGUCCUAUUCUUGGCUUUUGGCUAAGAUAAUGCAUUUCUAAUGAUGUGAUAUUAUGCAAAGCUGUCCCACAGUGGUUCAUUACUACUCCUGAUAGCUAUUUUCGCCAGUUUAAAAAAGAGCUAUGUGACAGUUAAAUGAACAUUUAUUCAGUUUUGAAGUAGCUUGCAAAUAUAUUCUCACAUCAUAUAGCUCACACGUAUUGCAAUUUUUAAUAGAGUUUUGGUUUUGAGAGAGAGAGAGCUUGUAUCUUCUAUUCCAUUUGUAUACUUCCCUUCUUCCAAAGAUCCCAGGGUGGUUAUCUGGUUUUGGCAAAGUGGUAUGGGCUCCUACAACUGUAGACUUAAGCCACACUGUAGUUAGCGAUGUAAACCCGCCCCCCCCCCAAGAAAACCCCAACCCCUUCACAUGAUAUCCCAUACUUUAAAUUUAUAUCUGCCCAUGUUGGUAAUAUACAUUCUUACUCUAGUGUCAAGCAAAUUAUUUGAUUAAGUUAAGAAAAUUGUUUGUAUUAUUAUAAUAUGUGUAUGGAUUAGCUACUUGCCUGUUGUAUGCCUAUCAAAAUUAAACCAUUACUGUCCACGUAUUUGUGUUUUAUUGGCCUGAUGUAUGUUAUUGAAUUACAUGUAAUACUUUAAUUGCCUGGUGAAGGUUCUGUGCAGCUACCAAUACCUUAUUAUCUUAAAGUUUGUAGCUAGAAUAAAGCAAUGGCAGUGAUCUGUUAUGAAACUUUGCUUUUCUCAAGGUACCUAACCUGACCAACAUGAAAGGUCUAAAAUGGGAUUGUAUUUUUAAUGGUUCAAGCUGUGUUGUUUGAUCACGUCUUCCUUUCAAAGCUUGCAAAGUGAUUUUUUAAAAAAAGUUUUUUUCUAAUUUCUGGUGUUUUUCUUAUUUCAGUUUUCUAGCUGCUUCAUUUACAGCUGUUUCACAUUUAGAUAUGUUUCAUGUCUAAUAGUCUAGAUAUAAGAUGUAUAUAAGAUGUAUAUAUAUAUAUAAGAUAGUAUAUAAAAAUGAUAAAAUAGCAAAAUUAUAAAAACACAAAACUAUUAAACCUUAAAGGUGUUCCAGAUUCUGGAAAUUGGGUUUUAAAGUUGGGGAGAAAUAAAGACUGGAUGAGAAAUCAUUUAAUUUUCCAUGCAGAACACUUAAAAAAGCGCUUGGAGGACUAUAUGGCCCAGUUUCCCAAAGUGAGGAUUCUCCGAACUAAGAAGAGAGAAGGGUUGAUAAGAACUCGUAUGCUGGGAGCUUCUGUUGCUAUAGGAGAUGUUAUUACUUUUUUGGACUCUCACUGUGAGGCCAAUGUGAACUGGUUGCCACCCCUUUUAGGUAAGCAGACUAUCUCAUUCAUUGUUUAUUUAUAUGAUUUUUAUCCUACCUUUCUAAUGCAUUUACAUCACUCAAGCCAGUGCAUAACAAGUAACACUAUAAUUUUGCAAUAAAUUCCCAAUAUCAAUAUGUAUUUCAGUCUGAUAAUCACAUGUCCUGAUAUGGCAUUUCUAGCUAUACUUUCUAGCUAUAUGAAAUACAGAGGCUUACAAUCUGACUUAAAACUAAAAUUUCAUCCAUAAUUUAAUUUUAUUGUUCUGGGACUUCUCAGAACUUUUUUCUACAAAAAGUCAGUAUCUGGCUUAUAUAAAGACUGCUGACAUCAGUUACUCAAAUAAUGCCUCAGUGUGAUUCUCUUUGAGAAAGGGUGAGAAGGUACUUGGAUAAAAUGAAGGUUCAAAAUAGGAUUGUCUUUUCAAUGGUUCUGGCUGUGUUGCUUGAUCAUGUCUUCCUUUCAACGCUUGCAAAGUGAUCUUUAAAAAGUGUUUCUAAUUUCAGACGUUUUUCUGAUUUCAUUUAUUUAACUGCGGUUGGUUCACAUUUAGUAAUAAUAAUAAUUUAUUAUUUGUACCCCGCCCAUCUGGCUGGGUUUCCCCAGCCACUCUGGGCGGCUUCCAACAAAGAUGAAAAAUACACUAAAAUGUCACAUAUUAAAAACUUUCCUGAACAGGGCUGCCUUCAGAUGUCUUCUGAAUGUCAGGUAGUUGUUUAUCGCUUUGACUAUGUUUCAUGUCUAAUAGUCUAGGCAAAGAUAUAUAAAACACGCAUUUUACCAUAUACUUGGAUGAUGGUCCUGUUGUGACUCACCAUGGAUCAGGCUGCAACCACUGAAGCCCAGUGAAAUAUAUAAUCCAGCUGUGUUCGUAAAUUCAAGUUAAAAAGUAGUUUUAUUUGUUUUGUGAAGAUGUUUUGCCUGAAUUAUUUCCUGCCUGAUUCUAACACAGAACUUAAACACAUUAUGGCUGACUGGCAUAUUGGCUUGUGGAAAUAGUUUUGAACUUAUAGAAAAAAUAGGCCAUUAACAGACCAUUGUUUAAAACAAGGCUUGGCUGGUAAUUGUUUGCUUGCUCCACGCAGAGUAGUCUCUCAUUUUGAAUUAUUAUUUUUGCUUUGUUUUGUUUUGGUUGACAGAUAAACAGAAAAGAAUAUAACAUUUGGAUGACAAAAUAGUGAGGCAUUUGGAUAUCUGUUAAUUUUUGUCUAAUACCAAGGUAAACAGGCUUUUCAGAUGUGUGUGUAUAGACAUUCAACAUUAGAAUCCUGCAACUGGCCUGUUUAGUUCACAUAUAAUAUGUGGAAAAUGGCCUUCUCUUGCUGCUUGGCCUUAAUUGUCCUCUUAAGGCUGCACAGUCACAGUGCUGCAGCCCUAGUAAGUGCAUUCCCUAUCUAUGUAGCUGUUAAAAUACAGUUACCCAGCCAAUGCUUCAGAUCUUUAAGAACCAUCACAAACUUUUUGGGCCUUCCCUGGUUGUUACUUCCCUUAUGCCAAUAAAGUGCAGCCAAUGCUACUCCCAGGACUGCAUGAGGUUUUGCUCUAAACUUCUUUUUCCCUUCUUUCCUCAGUGUCUCCACAGCUCCACAAUUUUUAGACAACUUCCCCCAUUGUCCCAUUUUAUUAAGCUUCUGUUGCACUUUCUUCAUUCACCCAUAGUGUUUCAUAACCUUAGCACUGAAAUUUCUUCAGAGACUCCUCUUUGAUUAGCCUACUGCCUCUGUUCACUGUCCUUUGUCUGUCUCUCAGUUCCUAUCCUUCAGUCGCCUUGCUUCUGCACCAUAGUUUCCUGGUUUCAUGGCACCUCUUCCCAGCAGUCUGCCUGUCCCACACAGCUACUGCUGUCAUUAGGACCUGGAUAGUGCCAAACUGAUGGACUUCCCUCUUGGAAGGUGAUCUCACAGACCUUGAGAGCUCUGAUCCUCAAGCAGUUGCAGUGCUCAAUGAACAUCACCAGUUCUGCCAACUGGCACUGGAGACUUCAGCUUCACAAGCAUUGUGUAGUAUAGAUAGCACUGAACUGACUUAUCAGCCAUUCCCCUACCUCAACUUGUUAAUAGGUGUAAAUCUGAAUAGGUAGACUAAAUUCAACUCCAAGUGUAUAUGUGCUCCCAAAUGUUACCUUUCCAACACUAUUAUUUUAUGUAGUCUUUGGGAGAGCAUGAAAAAUCACCAAUGAAUGUGAAACUCCUGUAUUCAGCAAGACAACUCUAUAAUUUUUUUCUGAUUGGUAGGUAGUUCACAUUUGAAUUAGAUUACCCAUGUGUGUUUCGUGGAAAGAUGAGAAAAAUCAAAAAGUCGUGUAGCUGUACUUCUGAAUAUAUUCUUUAUGGAGUAUUGUAGAAACAAUUGUGUUUGCAACUCCUUUCAUCUGUAGCAAAAUAAUGUUACAUGUUUCUAUCUAUACCCCAGACCGCAUUGCUCGAAAUCGCAAAACUAUUGUUUGUCCAAUGAUUGAUGUAAUUGACCAUGACCACUUUGGCUAUGAAACACAAGCUGGAGAUGCAAUGCGAGGUGCAUUUGACUGGGAGAUGUAUUACAAGCGGAUACCCAUUCCUCCUGAAUUACAGAAACCUGACCCGAGUGACCCUUUUGAGUAAGUUCAUGAAACAAAGUGUGAAUAGGUGUUUAACCAGCUAGGCUCUUGACACUGGUGCUUUCAAACGGAUAGAAACUAUCCUUGGCCAUCACAAGUAAUGUUUCAUUUCAAAAGAUAAAAUUCUUUUGUGUUAUCUCUGUCUACUACAACUUUUUGAAAAGAGAAAAUAAGGUCCAUUUCAGAUGUAUAAAAAUAAUUUCAAUUGCAUUCUUGAAAUAAGUCAGAAUGUUGGAUAUUUAAUAGAACAUAUCGCAUGCUGGUACAAAUUAAAUCAAAAUGUAAACUUUAUUUUCUUAAUAAUUAUGAAUUCAGUUAAUAUAGUGGUAGAAUAGCCUGACCAGGUUGGUCCAUGCUUUGGUAACCUCAACACACUUUAUUUUAUCUUAACCGUUGUUGCUAUGUGUGGGUAAAAAUGCAGCAUUGUUAAAUUAAAUAUUUGUUUCAGAGUAAUUAUUUAUUAUUAUUAUUAUUAUUAUUAUUAUUAUUAUUAUUUAUACCCCGCCCAUCUGGCUGAGUUUCCCCAGCCACUCUGGGCGACUCCCAAUCUAGUGUUAAAAAAAUACAGCAUUAAAUAUUAAAAACUUCCCUAAACAGGGCUGCCUUCUGGCGUCUUUUAAAAAUAGGAUAGCUGCUUAUUUCCUUGACAUCUGAUGGGAGGGCGUUCCACAGGGCGGGCGCUACUACCGAGAAGGCCCUCUGUCUGGUUCCCUGUAACCUCACUUCUCGCAGCGAGGAAACCACCAGAAGGCCCUCGAAGCUGGAUCUCAGUGUCCGGGCUGAACGAUAGGGGUGGAGACGCUCCUUCAGGUAUACAGGACCAAGGCCGUUUUGCUGCCUAGACCAAUUAAGGAGAGGAAGAAUGUUAAAAGGUACAACACUGGGCCUUUGUUAGAUAAUGUGGGCUGUAUUCCCACACAGAUUGACACCUUCCACUAUUGGAGGUCUCGUUAAUUCAUUCUGAAGGAAACUGCCAAGUUCUCCUGGGUUCAUAGUUUAAAGAUAUACUGUGCAACAACAUCACAUAGAUUAAAAAUAUUAAGGUGGAGCAGUAGAAAAAAUACUAAAGUAUGAAAUGUGAUUUCAGGAAUGUAAUUUAUUGAUAUAUGGAUGUAAUGGUGGCAUAACUAUAAUGAUAGGUUUUGUAAUGUGAAGGAUUUCCCCCCUUAAGAUCUCCUGUAAUGGCUGGAGGACUGUUUGCAGUCGACAGAAAGUGGUUCUGGGAGCUGGGAGGAUAUGAUGCAGGCCUGGAAAUAUGGGGUGGAGAACAGUAUGAAAUAUCAUUUAAGGUGAGUUAUGUUCCCUGAAAACUUUUAUUUGAAAAAAUGCUGAAUAAUGAAGUAGUUUAUAGACGUGAAGCACCAGUUUGCAGUCUUUGUUUUUCUGUGUGUUUAUAAAAUAAAACUGUUGAAAGGAUUUCUGCAACAUUUCUUGAAAAGAACAUUUUACUUUAAUAAACCAAAAAUAUGGCUAAGAAUCGAAAGCCUCUGUGAGGUUACAUGCCAACUGCUAAAUGAUACCUGAUCUGUAAUAUGAGAAGUGAAUAUUUGAGUGAUUGAUAGACAAACUGAAAGGCAAUCAGUUUCUGCUAAGCUGGUUACGUAGCCAAUAGUAAGCCAAGGAAGCAGGAGCAUAAUGAAUGAAUAGAAUAUUAUUUUUGUAAGUGUCAUGAAACAAAAUGGCUUGCUACUAUAGUCUUCUGUACGUAGAACACUCUAUUGUCAUAAGCUGGAACAAAUGAAUAAAUUCAUGUGGGCACCUCAUCAAAUUAAGAAGCUAGCUACUCAUGGAUCAGCUUGUUCAUUGACCUGUGUGAGCUAUGAGUUUACUUACUAGAAUUUGUUAAGUAGAAUAAAUACAACUGAGGUCUUCAGCAGUACUUCUGGUGAUUAAAAGGCAAACAUUAGAUUAAUAAACAACUUGGUUACUGUAGUUAGCAAAUAUUUUAAUGUCUUUAUUCUACAAUGCUUUUGUGUUUUAGCUUUAGUUUUGCCUUGUGUUUGCAAUUAUUUCUGAUUUUUUUAAAAAAAUACAUAGCCAUUCUACUAGGUCCUGCAUCCAAGUAAAUAAGCCCCACUGCCUCAACAUGAAUCCAACCAACUUGCAAAGAUCACAGGGGAUAAUUUUGCCUUGCCAACAGCCCUUCCCUGAUUAUUAUAAUUACUUUUUUUUCUGCUCACCCCAAAUAGUUUUUCAAAUCUGAACUGUGAUGCAAAAAGCCAUCAAACUACAUUAAUUUGACAAUUAACAUGCAGCAAACAACAUUUUCAUCUCAUUGUUUAACUACAAAAAGCUAAGUGAUAAAGACAUAUUGAAGGUUUCUUAUUUCCUCUGUGAGAUUUCUUUACAGUUGGUUCCAUUUAUCCCUUUUACUAGUGUGGGUAAAGAAAUAGUGUAAUAAUGUAAUUCUCUGCAGGAGAUGGUAAAAGCAGCAUUCAUCUCUUCCAAUUCGGACAUUUUCAAAAACAGUAGUUUCCAAGAGUGAUGACAGUGACUCUGCAAGCUCUUUGUCUUUGAAAUGCUGGAGCAGACACUAUUUGAUCUGCAGGAAAUAAGAAUACUUCAUUCAUCUGCCUACUUGCACACUGUAUUGCAGAGUUUUAUUUCAGGCCAAGGAUGAUAAUUUAUGGUGGGUUAAAUUCACUCUAAUUAAAUCCCAGCAGAAGUCCUCCUUUCUUUGUAUUGUUCAACAGAAAAAGAUGUUUCGCUGAAAUGGUGUGUUUUCAGGAGUUAUGAUAGAUUGAUGCUUUCAUCUGUGGCUGAUAGAAAUUCUGAUAAAGUAAUAAGAAUAAAAGAUUUGUUCAUUAGCAACAAGAACACAGGGUUUUUGAGGCCUAACAGCUAUGAAACUUCAUAUUCAAUUUCAAAACUGCAUCUGUUUAAACAUAAAAAGAUGCUGAGAUCCUGCCUCCGAAGGAGCACAAAGAAUCCACCUAGCACUUCUUCCAAGUAAAAUAAAUGGGAAAUGUUAUGUUUCAAAGACCAAAUUUUCAACCCAUUUUUAACCAACUUUCCCCCCUCCCUCCAUUAAUCUAUUCCAGAUUAUUGCUAGGGAAUUAUUACUUGGGGAACUGUGUAAGAAAAGGGAAAUUAUCAGUUCCCAGCAAUUCUAGGAGAUAACAAAGGAUAGUGUUAAUUACUGCACUUAUCAUUUCAUUUCUUUUAAUGUAGGGAAAUUCCUUUAUAUACUCACUGGAGCAUGUUUGCGUGACAUUAGGGAACCUAAUUGUCUCUUGUCUUAUGUAGCUUAUAGGAAGGACCUGCUUCUCCAAAAAGAUUCCUGUAUCUUGAAAGUUUUUUGAUAGCCUGCUCUGGAUGAGGAUGAAGUAGUCCUAUGCAGUCAGCGGUUAAGGAGCUUUUACCUUGUGCUGGUUGCAAGUGAGGCCAGUUUUCUUCAGGUAGAUUUUAGAAAUGUACAAUUUGUAUUGCUUUUGAUGGGAAGUGAAUUAGUUGAAUUACUAUAAAAAUGUUUCCAAGUGUUUAAUUUUCACCCAAAAGAAAUUUCUCUUUGCAAGAUUAUUUUUAAGGACUAUUAGGUAGUGUAAAUAUAGCCUGUCCUCUAGAGCAAAUGUUUACAUUGAAUAAAAUAGGCAUUUAAAUAUAGAAAGACUCAUAGUUCAAUGAGGAUACCCAUCAAGCUUUGAAUGACAAGCUAUAUUUUGAGAUUUGAUGCAGUACCUCUGAUUCUCUGCUUAUUCUUGAUCAGAUUGCUGGUUGUAACAUAAUGACAUGGAAUCUCUAUCCAACUUCUCUGAUGGUUUCCCUAUUUUGGCUUUGGAUGUGAAGUCUUAGGGGAUUCUCCAGCAGUCCUGCUUCCUUCUUAGCUAUUCACUGUCUUCAAGGGACAAACUAGACAUGACAUGGUUUUAAACUAUGGAAAGGAAGAAUAUAAAUAAAAUUAGUAUGAUGCUGAUUAAAAUGCAUGUAUACAUGUAACUUCUUUACAUGUUUAUGCUCUCUGGAAGACUUAGAAACAGAAGAGCCUUGCUUUUCAGAUUUCUCUCUUGCUGCUUAUAAUAUGUUUGCACUGGAUUACAUUUUUAGUGCUGCGUUUUCUACAGAGUUACUGUAUAGCACUGAUUAAUGCUAGUUAUUACUUCUCAUGAUGUUUUAUUUCUCCCCUGUCAGAGCUGUUCCUUGUGAUUUUUAUAUAAAGCUAGCUUUUUUGUGCUUUGUACUAUGAACAGUGUUGAAUAGAUUUUGUUUAUAUAGGCCUCUGCUUGGGAUCAGUAGCUACACAGAUAGGAAUUUAGGUAGCUUUUAACUAGUUUGGGAGGGUGGAAGUUUAAGAAGUAUGUAAUCUAUGGCACAAUAAUAUAUAUGCUUUGGUUUAUAAUUUUUUAUUAUACCCUACACCCUAACCACUAGACAACAUUGACUUUCCUCAUAAUAGCAGAUAGUCUUGGUAUGGCCAGUCUGAUCUCCUUUCUUGUAAAAUAAGACAAGCGACAGGGUGAUUGCAAGGCAUAAACAGUGCAAUCCUGUUAUUGAAUGCAGAUGGACAAAUAUUGGCAUUGUUUAAGAGGCAACAAUGAGCUGUGUGCUGCCUAACAUACAUAAAAUUAUCUGUGCUAGUAGCUACUGUUUUCUACCAAGAACAGCUGCUUGAUAGACACUUGCUAUUUUUAAUUUCAGUGCUACCUUUUUAAUUCUUACCUUCUUUUUCCUUCUAGUGUAUAAGGCUCUCUUUCUACCAAUCUCUCUUUUUACAGAUUAGUAUGAUAGUUUUCUUUAUGCAGGUUGUAAUGAAUUCUGUCAUCACACAAAGGGAUUGCUAAUAAAAUGAAUCAAAGCAGCAAUGAAAAUGAAUAGGAUGUCUGCUUUUGAAAUUAGAUUUGUGUUCGAGUAGCACAUUAUCAGUUGAAAACAUGAGUGUUUUUAAAAGCAGUUGAGCUGGGUAAGUGUGAGGAAAGGAUAUCUGCAGCACAUUGACAGGAACUCAUAAGCCAGUGGACAAGCAGAUUGUGUAAUCAGAAGUUGUAAUUUUUAAUAUUAAUGGAAUGUGUUAAUCCAUAAUGAAGAUAGUUUUCUGAAAUGCUAUGUAAGUCAGACAACACUGGUUCCAUCUUAGAUGUUUUGGGCUUUUACAUAUUGGGUGCUAUCCAGUGUUAGUCAGGAUCAGAAUAAGCCCAUUUAAAGUUACUGUCUAUUGAUUUCAGUGUGCCUAUUCUGAGUAUAACUUAGAUGUAUAUCACCUGUUGUAUUUUAAUUUUAGCCUGUCCGCCGUUGAUCUAAUUUCUUUGUUUGGAAGUGUUCUUGUAGCUGUGAGACAAUUAUGGCCACACUGUGAAGUUCAUGGGGGAAAUGCUUUCCCCCAGUUGCUUUUGAAGAUCCUUUGCCAUCCAAUCAUUUCUUCCGAGAAGGAGGCUUAGGCCCAGAUGAUAAGCAUCAAUCUCUCUGGCUGAUUAUGUUCUCAGCUAACAUAGCUAAACACACUCCUACCCUGGGUGGAGCUAGUAUAUUCACGUUGCCCUCAGCUACCCAAAAUCAUGCCCCUAAACAUUGUUGUAACUGUUGCAAUCCCCACUGGAACCUUAGGUGAAGGGGUGGGAAUAAAUUAAAAUAAUAAUAUUCAACUAAUUUUUACUCUGAGUAGACCGAUUUAAAUUAAUAGAGCAACUUAUUCAUGUUCAUUAUUUUCAGUAGAUUUAUGCUGAGUAAAAUUUAAUUGAUUACCACCCAGUGUAUCCAUUAAGAAUGGACUAAUUAGUCGGUUUCAGUUCCUCUCAGUUCUUCAUAUUUCCUAUCUUAAAUCUUCUUUUGUCCCAUUUUCACAUUAUUUCAUAAACAUUUUGGAAAAUCCUACAUGGAAAUAGGCAAGCAUUUUCACUUGCAUUUCUCCUAAUAUAAACAUUUUAAUACAAUUUUGUCUAACAUAAGUAAUUGUCUAAUAUAAUGCAUUUUAAACUUUAUUUCCAUUAAUGUGUACACCUCCCCCUAAUACAUAUAUUUUUAUACAUAUCUUUAAGUUUGGGAACUGCAUCCUAAAAUUCAAAAAAUUUGAAGGAUAGCUGCAUUUCAAUCUGCACAUUUGCUCAGUAAAUGUGAAUGAGGUAGGUUCACAUUACAAUGCUAACAAUACCAAUUUCUUCCCCAUUCCUUGUAUCCAUUAAUGAAACUGCCCAUCUGGAAACUGCUCUUUUUGAAUUCAAGAAUUGAUUCAGGGUUGUCACUUAUCAAAACCAAUGGUGAGCAGUACAUUCUCACCACUGUUGAAUUCAUAUUUGACAGGCAAGUCAAAGACUGCUUAAUGUUUAGUUUCCUCUACAGAAUAAAAGCUGGAAAAUGUUUUAAUGAAACCUUUGUUGGAUCAUUAAAAUGUUUACCUUAGCAAACCUAGCCAGACAAUCCUUUUUAAGACAUUUCAGAGCCAGUCUGUUAAUAAAUGGGCAUGGUACUUUAAUACAGAUUAUGUACAUUAUUAGUCAAAGAACUUAAAUUCAUUAAGCCUACUGGAAUGCAUGCACUCAACACUACAUCUGUUUCAAUUACCUAGACUGGCAAAACUUAUAUCCAUAUUUAAUCUAGGUAUCAAGGAAAGUUCCUAGAGAAUGUUGGCACAGAUUCAAUGCUUCUUGAAGAGAAAAUAAUUUUGUUGACUCUUGUUGUUGUUUAGUCGAUUAGUCGCGUCUGACUCUUCGUGACCUUACUUGGACAUAAAUAGAGCCAUAAUUCUGCAAGUAGCAUUUAGUUAAUUGAUGCUCCAUUUUUAAAAAAUAGUUAUGCACGUUUGCUUAUUUCAGGAAUACAUCAGCAUAUGUAUUUCUGCGAAAGCAGCAGUGGAAGGGCAUGUUGGCACUGUAGUAGAGUUACAAAAUAGCAAGUAAGGUGUUGAUGUGUGACCUAAAAUCUUUAACUUUCUCCAGAUAACUCUGCGAUUGUAUGUAAUAACACUACAUAAGAAUCUACAAAAGUAUUCAACUUUAGUAGUCAUGUGUUUACAUGUGCAUUGACUUUCCGAAUUCUUUGAACUACCUAAGCUACAUACUGCUUUUGAUUCAUGCUAGGUUCAUUUCUUGGUGUUGGAUCUGGUGGUAUUUUUAUGUCACAGUGGUGACAUAGUUUCAAAUAUGCACAACUUUAAAAGCUUGAAUAACAUGACGUCUGAAUGCAUUUAUGAUGUUUUAAAAAUAGUUUACUAAGGUAACAAACUUACUACUUGAUAUGACUUUGAAAAAGCUUUUAUUUCCAUCAUAUUCAGAAAAUUCUGAUCUGUGCUUACUCUCUCUGGCAUCUGACAGGUAUGGAUGUGUGGGGGUCGUAUGGAAGAUAUUCCUUGUUCCCGUGUUGGUCAUAUCUACAGAAAAUAUGUUCCUUACAAGGUUCCUUCAGGAGUCAGCUUGGCAAGAGUAAGAGCCUGUCUUGCUAAAUUUCCUUUGUUCCUUGUAUUCAGUCAAGAUGCAAUCUUCUAAAAAGAUAGUGGGUGAGAUGCAUUUUUUAACAUUAGUGCAAGAAGUUUGGGAGUUGACAUUGUUUUGCAAGCAAAUGAUAGCACACAAGCUGAACUCUCACAAACCAUAAAAAUAGUUGCUCUAAGGGUUGCGCUACAUCUUUAACAAGUGGUUUCUGUAGUGUAGAGGUUGUCUCAUUUGCCUAAAACACUGAAGGUCCCCUUUUCAAAACCAGACAGAAAUAGGUAAAUAUUCUGGGGGAAGGGCCACAGCUCACUGGUAGAGCAUCUGCUUGAAGGUCCCUGGCACCUCCAGCUAGAGCUGGGAAAAGCUCCCUGUCUGAAACCCUAGUAACCAGUUGCCAGUCAUUGUAGACAAUACUGAGCUAGAUAGAUCAGUACUUUGAGUCAGUAUAAGGUAGUUUCCUUUGUUCCUGUUGUGAGAUACUCAUUGGAUUAGGUUGCUGCACUAGAUUAAGAACUGAACAAGGCUACGUAUAACAAUGGCUGUUGGUUGAGCUGGCUGCCACAUUUUGAUAUCCUUUAUCUUUAGCUUUCUUUAUAUUAAAAACCCAUUAGAAUGACAAACAUCAUCCCCCCAGUGAAGGGCAAAUGUGUCAAUAAUAGGAUGAUUCCUUUAAACUGGCAGGACAUCUGAAAUCAGAUUGAUUCACAUUAAUAUAUUCUUCAGGAUAAUUCAAAAUAUGUACACAUGAGGAUCCUCAGUGUUACUACCCAGACAUUAAAAGUUUGUCCUCUCACAUGAGUGAAUUUGUCCUCUCACGUUAGUGAAUUUUCAUAUGCAAAGAUGAGUGCUUUUAUUUGGUAUUCAGAGGUGUGUAGUUUAAAGAAGGGUAGAUACUCCCUCUGGUGGGAAAAGACAGUAACAGAAGAAGAAGAAACAUGACUGAAAAGACUUCUCUCUCCCUGAGUCACAAUUAACUACCUAAAGAACACAAUUACUUUUAAAGUUCUUUUUGAUGAAAUACAGUAGAUGCUCAGGGCCCAGUUUAAUUCAACCUUUAUAGAAUGUUCUGGUUGUCUGACUCCUUGGAAGAGCAGUCAUCUUACUGUACCAUCUGAUUGGGUUUGGACUUAUUAAUGUAGUAUUUUGAAGUCCAUAAAGCCCUUUAUGCGUGCCUCCAUGUAAGGCAGCUAAUUAAUCUCUCAUAUGUGCAUCCUGUAUAAUUCAAAUUUAUGGAUAUGCUUAUUUUCAAUUCUUCAUUUCAAAUAUAUUGUCAACUAUGUAGAACCUGAAGCGUGUUGCUGAGGUGUGGAUGGAUGAAUAUGCAGAGUACAUUUACCAGAGGAGACCUGAAUAUCGGCAUCUGUCUGCAGGAGAUGUGACUGCUCAGAAAGAACUUCGCAGUAAUCUCAACUGCAAAAGUUUCAAGUGGUUCAUGAAUGAAGUUGCUUGGGACUUGCAAAAGUUCUAUCCACCAGUGGAGCCUCCAGCAGCUGCCUGGGGAGAGGUUGGUUUAUUCAAGAAAUUCAGCUGUAUCAAGAAGUCCCAGCCAUGCUAUGGUGUAUGGUUGCAGAUCAAACCACAGGAUUUCCACUACCCGCUGAGUCCAUCUUUAAGUGAAAUGGUUGUGCAUGUUUACUUCUGUACAUACUUGAUGGUGCAGAACUUUUCAGAAGGGAUGGGAAACCUGAGGCCUUCCCAAAGUUGCUGGACUUCCACCUCCCAUAAGUGCCAGCCAACAGAGCCAAUGGUCAUGUAUGAUGGGAGGGGUGAUCUAACAACACCAGUUUCCAUAUCCCUGUCAUGCAGGAAUUUAGUGAAUGUAUAUGAAUAUGGCUAGAAAAGGUUGUUUUCAAUACACUUCAGAAUCCAUUAGCAGAAAGCCUAACUUUACUAAAACUAUUGAAAACAGUACACACUGAACUUCUGAGGUAUGUUUGCUCCUUAAGAUUUACAUACUAUGACAGCCCAUUAUCAGGUUUAACCCUGACCUAAGAAUGGGUAGUAAAUCCAAGGCUUUGAUCAUUUCUUUUUUAAUAUCACUGCCUUCACAAUUCUCCACUGAAGCCACUUGUUAAAUGGCUCUCAAGCUCAGAUGUGUAUUCAACAUGCUGCUUCUUUUCCUUUGAGACACAGAGCAGAUUGUUCUAGAUCCCUUUUCUUGGCUUCUCAGUUCUUGAGAAUUCUUGUCACAUCCACACACAUACAUAUAUAGAAAUCAUAUUGUCUUGUGUCUUUGCAUUUAUGCCAGCGUUUGUUAUGGGAUAGCAUAGGGACUGCCUGUAUUUCAGCCCCCUGUUUACACACAUUUAAUAUGUGUGUGACAAUGUAUAUGCACAUUGCACCAAACCCAGAAGUGACCUUGAAACAUCAUAAAGACAUCACUGAAAUGUCACUAAAAGGGCAGAAUGGGGUGUUUGCAGGCUUUUUCAGUGCAUUUCUAUUAUACGCGAUUUCAAUGACAUGCGCAGUGCCUCAGAAUGUAGGCCCUGUGUAAGCAGGGGACCAACCCAGCAGUUCAAAAGCACACCAGUGCAAGUAGAUAAAUAGGUACCGUUGCAGCGGGAAGGUAAACGGCGUUUCUGUGCGCUCUGGCUUCCAUUACGGUGUUCCGUUGCACCAGAAGCGGUUUAGUCAUGCUGACCACAUGACUCGAAAAGCUGUCUGUGGACAAACAUCGGCUCAUUCAGCCUGAAGCGAGAUGAGUGACACAUCCCAUAGUUGCCUUUGACUGGACUUAACUGUCCAGGGGUCCUUUACCUUUACCUUUUACCUGUACUUCAGUUUCCUUGACUGCCUCUAUGUCAAGAAGUUAGAUGCAAAGCUAAUCAGCAACUUAAUCUUUCAGGUCCGUAAUGUAGGAACCGGCCUCUGUGCAGAUACCAAACAUGGAGCCCUUGGUUCCCCACUACGGGUUGAAGCCUGUGUGAAAGGCAGAGGAGAAGCUGCCUGGAACAGUGUGCAGGUAUUUGCAUUCUUUUUUAUAAUUAUCUCAUUCUUAUUGUUUCCGCAGGCAGUUUUAGAAAGAACUAUUUUAUGCAAAGUUUGUAUUACUGAAAUACCACAAUAUCUUCACUAAUGUAAGACUAAGAGGGGGUUUGCUAGGGGAGUAGAAUGUAAUCUGCUGGUCUAGAUAUUACACAGAUGCUAAUUAUCAAGCUGAAGGCCUUGGUAUGUAAACACACCUGGGGUGCAGGAGAUGAGUACUUUAAAUUAUGUGCAUGAGUGCUGUGGCAGAAAACCAUUAUUAUCUGGAGCCAAAUCCUGAGGUGACUAGAGAGGAGGCAGACAGGAAAAGGUUAAUAAGACACUAGUCAUGCAACUGUACUAUGCACUGACAUCAUUUCUAAGUAUCUUCUGAAAAACCAUAUUAAUGAAUCUGCUACUAUAUCCAGUGACCACUUAGUGUCACAGGAGGUAUAAUUAACACUCCUGUGGAUGCUAAUGAGAGAUUAAACUGGAUAGGGAAUAUUUUCACCGAAUAUUUUCAUUUCUUAAUGUAUAAGAUGCUAGAAGUGACAGCUUUAUUCUAACAUAAUAUGUAAAAUGAUAAGUUGCUGACUACCAUUUCAGUUGCCUGGAAAUGGAAAAUUAAACCAACUGACUUUGAAACUUACCAUAUUUUUCCGUGUAUAUGACUAUAUUUCCCCCCUAUUUUUUCAAGUUUAAAAUUGGGGGGGGGGGGUCAUCUGAUAGUGCAUAUGGGGGAUUUCUUUAUUUGGAGUCCCAAAAAAUAGGCGUUGUGUUAUACACAGGGGCGUGUUAUACACAGAAAAAUAUGGUAAAUCCAAAAGGCCUGCAUGAGUUUUAUAUGCAAUUUAUGUUGAGUUGUAAAAAUUAAUGUGGAUGUUGAAAUAUAUUUUUGGUCUAAUUCUUCCAUAAAGAGAUUUCCUUUGUUUUUUUAUUAGUACUAACAGUAGCAGCAUGAAACAGUUGCUUCCAUGUCUUCUCAUUACUGAAUUGGUGUGGUGGUACUUCAACUCCAGAGAUAUUCCUGCUGUCCUCCAAAAGAAUACAAGCCUAUAGAGCUCCAAUAACCACACAUUUUGUAGAACUGUUCUUGCUGUAGUGAAUCUUGUUGUCUCUCGUUUUUCUUCCUGUUGUUAAAUCUUUCAGUGCUAGUCAGUUUCAACUAAGGGAAAUUACUGUGACAGAUUGUUGGUUAUGGUCAGCUAGGUUUUGCUCCAGAGUAGACUCAUUGAAAUCAAUAAGCUUGAUUAAGUUAGGUUUAUUUUAUUCACUUGGUUUGAAUAAAAUUUAAAAAGCACCCUAUAUUAGUUCCAUUUCUUUUCUUCCCAUUUAUUUAUUUAUUUAGCAGAUUUAUAUCCUGUUUUUUAACUACAGUCUUCAAAGUGGCUCACAAUAUUUAUAAACAUACAAUAGAUACUUCAAGAGCCACUCACUUAAAACAAACCAAAAUCAAUCUGCUCCGUUUGAGCAACUGAUGUUCUUUUCCACAGGGCAACUGGUAUUAAAUGGCCCGUGGGGGGGUGUCAUUUGCAGGCUUCCAGUUCAAACACAACUGCCAUUGUAGAGCUCCUUUUCAGUGUUUGCGUUUCUUAACAAUGCCACAAUUCUAUUUCUGUAUUUCUUGCCCUGUCCAAAGGAGAGGGUAGUUCUUCACAUUGAGUAGUACUGAAGGGCAGGGAUGCAUAAAACAAAGAAGUCUGGAUUUUUGUCCUCAUCGUUUGUUCUGAGGGUUUGAUGUUUGUCCUAGCAGGUGUUCACAUUUAGCUGGCGAGAGGACAUCCGUCCAGGAGACCCCCAGCACACAAAGAAAUUCUGUUUUGAUGCUGUUUCCCACAACAGCCCAGUGACUCUCUAUGACUGUCAUGGAAUGAAGGGGAAUCAGCUAUGGAAAUACAGGAAAGUGAGUGUGUUAUUACUCAGAAUGUGGAAACCAUUACUUCUGCAUUAUGGUUAACUGUAAUAUCUUGAAAAAUAUUCAUAUUGUAAUAUUUUGUCCCUAUGUUUGGGACAACAUGUUAUGUGGAAUCCCCUUUUUAUUAAAAGAACAAUAGGGCAUAGUAACAUCUCUUCCAGAGAUAGCAAAUAAACCUGCUUGUUGUAAGUGUACCAUAUAAAGUGGUAUUCAAUUGUUCCAUGAUAGGAACUUUUCCUGUCAUGCCACUCGUAUACUGCUCUUCUACUUGGGAACAGGGGGGCUUCAGAUAUUGGACUUAAACUCCCCUCACCAAACUCCCCUUAGCUAAACUAGCUGGGGCUGAUGGAAAUUGGAGUCCAGCAACAACAACUGAUGGGCCAUAGGCUUUGAAAAGUUUAUCCUUUUUUAAAAAAGGAACAAAGACCUGGGAUUAUAUUCAUGGAUGGCAGAAAUACUCAAAAGCAAUGAUAAUUGCAGUAUCUAUAAAGUACAAAUUUCCACAAUACAAAACAAGGAAUCAUAAGGCAGGCUUGGGUAAACUGUUGUCAUGAGGGCAAGACAUCUUCCCAAGGAAUCUCAGGGUUCAGAUCUCAUCAUUGACCCCUGCUUCAUAAUAUCAGUGAACCCAAUUCUAGAAUUCUUAAGCCACAUGAAGAAGUGUUGAAGUUCAGUGAGGUGUAGCCCAGACAUUCCAGUGCCUACUUCAGAAAGAUUUGGAUACAAGUAAGAGUUGAAGACAAGGACAAUAAGUUAACAAUAUGCUUGCGCGAAACACUAUUCCAAGUGAGGUCUAGUGGAUAACCUGUUGGAUUUGAAUAAGGGAAGAGUGAUUUUCUUCAGUACUCAUUUUUUAUUUCAGUUGUGAAGAUAGAUUUAUUUAUUUAUUUAUUUAGUUUGAAAUUGCUUAGCUAAAGCAAUGUACAGUACAAUAAAUGUGGAGAAAUGCUACUUCUAAAGAAGAGCUGCUGUUAGAUAAGUAAUAAAAUGACAGAUACAUUUUUUUUUAAGCUGCUUUCUGAAGUCUGUGGCAUAUAUUCAAGUCCAGCAAACUGAUUUCUAAUUUUCAUCCUUAGGACAAGACUCUUUACCACCCAGUAAGUGGCAGCUGCAUGGACUGUAGUGAGAGUGACCGAAAAAUCUUCAUGAGCACAUGCAAUCCUUCCUCUCCGACACAGCAGUGGAUAUUUGAACACACAAAUUCAACAGUCUUGGAAAACUUUAACAAGAAUCUUGAUCUUUAAAGACUAUCUAUAUGUAUAUAUUACAGCUAUAAUUUUUACAGGGGAGAUGACAAAUUUUUUAAAAGAAUAAUUUUUUAAAAACAAUAAAAGGGAAAAUCUCAGGAGAGGGUGUGACUAUCAGGCCAGUCUUUACUUUGAUGAUGCUGCAUCCCAUUAACAAGAUGUCUAGAAAUCUAUAUUGCUAUAAUUACACCACAGAUUGAAACCUAGUUCUCUAAUGCAGGACCGUAUCCUUUCAUAAUCUUCUAGUUUUUCAGCUAUUAAGGUCACAUCUAAGCCCGCGUAUUUUUCAUAAGGGUAAUGUGCAACUGUCAUGAAUUCUGCACCACAUUGUCUCAAAGCCAAACCCAUAGAUCCAUACAGCAGCCAAGGAUUAGUGUUAUGAUAAUGCAUAUCUCCAGUCUGGAUGGUUUAAGAGCAGUGUUGGCACUGGCUUUUUACACUGACCCUUAGUUUGGUGGCAUGAAGUUGUUCAUUGCACUGGAGCUCUUGAAUAGAGCCGUUCCCUACCAAGAGAGAGAUUUGCAGUUGUUGGACUACAAACCCCAUGGGGAUUAGCUGCAUGAGGAGCUGCAGCCAAUCCUUGUCAAAAGUUGAAUGCAUACCCCUUUCAACAGGCAUCUUCCUUUGCAGCCCAGCUUGAGUUCAAACAUAGGAAGAAAAGAGUCAGAAAGGCUCUUGGAGUACACUCCCAAUUCUUUCAUUUGAAGCUGGGCUGCCUGACAUGGCGAUGUCAGCUUAUUGGCAGGUGGGUGGCCCUACCCACCUGUCAAAGUAGUCUACCUGGGAGGGGAGGGGAACUCAGGAUCCCACCCACCAGACAGAUCCUCUGCCAGACCCCUGAGUUAGGCAAAUCAGCUGAGUCAUGGAUAAUAUACCUGUUCACAGACAUACGACUUGAACUCAAAAGACCCAGUUAUACAGACAGAACUAGGGCUAAAAUUCUAAGAUCGCUGCAUGAAAUUUAAUUCCCCAGUAACAUGGGUGAGACGGACUUCCAAAUAAGUAUGUUUUAAGAUUGCAGUGAAAUUCUUAGUGACGUACCUGUUAAACCAACUUAUAGCAUCCAGCCACACCUGGGGCUGCAUGCACAACAAUAUCCUACCAAAAAAUGACAACUGCAGUGCUCUACAAAAGUACAGUGGUGCCUCGCAAGACAAAAUUAAUCCGUUCCGCGAGUAUCUUCGUCUAGCGGUUUUUUCGUCUUGCGAAGCAACCCUAUUAGCGGAUUAGCGCUAUUAGCGGUUUAGCGGCUAUUAAAGGCUUAGCGGCUUAGCUGCUAAAAGGCUAUUAAAGGCUUAGCGGCUUAGAAAAAGGGGGGGAAAGCGGGAAAAAAAUCUCAAGACUCGCAAGACAUUUUCGUCUUGCGAAGCAAGCCCAUAGGGAAAUUCGUCCUGCGAAGCGCAUUGAAAACGGAAAACCCUUUUGUCUAGCGGGUUUUCCGUCUUGCGAGGCAUUCGUCUUGCGGGGCACCACUGUAAAGGAUACAUAAAGUGCAGCAUCUUUCACAGCUUAGGCCUCCCUGCAUCUCAUUCCAAAUGACUUAAAUGAUCAUCUUUAAAAUCUUCAUUGAAAAUAACUGGAGUGUGAUUCCUGUCAGUUUUUCAUAUUCACGAAUUUGACUUUACAAACUCCCCAGUUCCGUGUUAGCUGCAGUUUUACUCAGCAUUCCCCAUUGUCCAAUAUUUUUAGGUUAGUGAAUUGGGCAAAAUAUUUUACAGCACAAUUCUCUUGGCUUCAGUUAGACCUUGAUAUCAUUAGUUUUUCUUGACGUAGUUAAACCUGCAUUUUUGUUCAACUCAGGCUGAGAUCUGUUUUAAAAUAUCACUAGUGAUAGAUGAUUUCCUGUGGGGAUUUUUAGAGGAUUGUUUUUAAUGCCUUCCCGUGUGUUAACAGGUGCUAAUUUGCCUCUUCCAGUUCUACCUCACUAGUCUGUCACUGGUUAUCAAAACAAUGUCUCAUGGUACACUCAGAAGAUCAAUUCAUACUUAGGUUUAUUUAUUUUGUUCAGUUAAGGGAAAUAAUCCACAUGCAGGGAUUUCCUGUUAAGGACACCAAUAUGAAAGGAAAGAGCUGUUCUGGGUGUGAAGGCUUCCUUGUGCAUAUAUAGACUGCUGGUCAUGACCUCUUUCCUUUAUUUCUUCCAACGCUAAUUUCUUUCACCUCAAUUCUGAUCCCAUGCUAGCUGAAUUUUCUGCUCCUAGUUUGUUCCAGUCAUCCUUAUGUUUUUCCAUCAAAAGUAAUAUGUGUCUAAUUUAGCAAGCUAGUACACCUUCAGUUAAUGAUACAUCUAAGAACUAGUGCUGUUUGCAGUGGGCUACUAACCAGAUGGCAAAGUAACAGGAAUUUAAAAAUUAAAAAGGCCAUUAAUUCAUAUUUCAUAUUCCCCGUUUAGCUGCAGAAUCACAUACCCUUCUACUUACUUCCCAUCAUCUUUUUGUUCCCUGUAAUGUUUUCUCUGCAAUAAAACUGAAGGCCAUUGUCUAGGCAGGGUGAAAACAUAAUUAUGCUGAAUAGUCAAUACAUAGGUUGAGUUGAAGUACUGUAAUGUUUUAGUGUUCAUGCAGUAGUAAUCUUUACAACAGUCCUGCAAAGUAGACCAGUAUUAGUGCAAGGCUGUCUAACAAGUUCAUGACUGAGGUGAGACUUUAAUUUAGGGAGUUUUUAUCUUGCAAUCUCAGACACUUUACUAUGUUGCUCUAGGAAAGUUUCUGUGAUUGUUACUAUCCUGUUGAAACCAAACACCAAAAGCCAGAUGUUAAAAUAUUCUUAAGAGCUUCCUCUCUGCAGCAAUAUAAAUACUUGUCAAGUUACAAAAUAUCUUAAACAUAUUUAACUCUGGCUGAGUGGCGAUCUCUGCACAUAAGUAAUGCAUUCAAUCCUGGAAGCCCCAGGCAAUGGUUUGAAAGCAUUGUUAGCAGGCCACCUGUUGGUUGAGAAAUGAAAAUGCAUUUUACUACGUUUAUCUGUAAUUAAUCUUCUGCUUUAUUUAUAUUCAUAAUAACUAAAGCAUGAGUCUAUAAAACCGUAUUUGCAUGCAUGAUAAGGGUGUCAGAUAACAAAACUGAAAAUACUUUGCUCUUGAAUAUUUUAGGAUGUGUAGCUAAGAUUCCUGGUCACACUUCAGUUACUUGACCUCAACUUCCUUGUGCUAAGCAAAAAAACUGUUCAGUUGUGCUGACACUAAGGCUUUUGGAGGAAAGCAGUGUGCACAGUAUUAACAUGCACAUUGGGUGUCCGUGUUUUGUUCCAGUCAGGCCUGAUUUAUACUUUUGAUUUCAGCAUAAUUGCUGCUUGAGAAGCACCUCCACAGGAUGGAUCAAAGAGAGUGUAGUGGGGGGGAUGGUGGGUAGGUUGAGCAAGCAGUUUGUGUGAAAUGGCUCCCUACGUGGUUGUAGUGAUUUCAGUAUGGCAUCUCAAUUCAAAAAUCUAAAUGUUUUCAAUGGUUUGGUUGAAAUGUGUGGACUGAAAUGUGUCUGUUGCUAGCAGUGAUAUUAUCUGAAUCCUUCAAAGCCAUCUGAAGAUCUUGGCUGCAGGAAAUAACCCCAUCUGGUUUAGAAAAUUCUUGUAUUCAAACAUACACCUUUUGUGGUCUUAAGUAAUGUUAUCAAAAUCAAAUUUAACAGCAUCAUUAAAAUAAAGAAGUGCCUUUUUAAAUGCAAAUGUUCAGCAAGUACCUAAACUUGAACAAUUUCCUAGUGCCUUGGACUGGAGUGGGAUGUUGGAUGUACAAGAGUACAGUACAAUGUGCAAUUAGUGAUGUUUUAGGAAGAUUUUUGUGUUUAAAUAUCCAAUUUCAAGUUCAUAUUGUAGAAUGGAAAGUUUAUGGUCUUGGUUUAGAAAACCAGUUGCUAAGUUUCAUUACUCAAAACAAAAAUGGUGUAAAGGACGUGAAUGAGCAUCCCUAUAUACCCCUGAUGGCUGAUUCUGACAGUUUCGUAAGUGGCUCCUGAUCCCAAAUGUUGGCAUACAAACAUACAAGGUUCACCAUGCAGUGUCUUCCACCAAUAGUCUAUGACACAUAUCAAAAUAAAUCAACAGGGUAGCUUCCAUAAAAUGUAUGGGUCAUUCAUUAGAAAUAUUUGUCAAUAUCUAGUCCAGGCUUCCUCAACCUCGGUCCUACAGAUGUUUUGAGACUAUAAUUCCCAUCAUUCCUGACCACUGGUCUUGCUAGCUAGGGAUCAUGGGAGUUGUAGGCCAAAAACAUCUGGAGGGCCGAAAUUGAGGAAGCCUGAUCUAGUCAGCAUCAUAACAGAGAAGCAGUAAAGCAACUUGUUUCCACCCUCAUACAUACAUACUUGAAUACCUUUUUCAAAAUGGUAUCUGUUUCACUCAGCGGAGCAAACACCUGUAGAGUUUGACCCAAAAGCCUCUAUACAGCAUAUCCCAAGCAGUUGAAAGGUUAGCUAUCAGGACAAUGUGUGAGUACUGUGUUCCUGUAGGCCAUAGUGGUGUGACACAAGUGGCUUUAUCAUUACAAGGAUUCGUGGGCUAUAUAAAAAGACAUAUUUUCACCGUCAAACGGCCUCAGUACUGUAUACCUGAAGAAGCAUCUCCACCCCAUUGUCCAGCCUGGACACAGAUCCAGCGCCGAGGGCCUGCUGGUGAUUUCCUCACUGUGAGAAGUGAGGUUACAGGGAACCAGACAGAGGGCCUUCUCGGUAGUGGAGCCUGCCCCGUGGAAUGCCCUCCCAGCAGAUGUCAAGGCAAUAAGCAACUAUUUUACUUUUAAGAGACAACUGAAAGCAGCCCUGUUUAGGGAAGUUUUUAGUGUUUGAUGCUGUAUUGUUUUUAAUAUUCAGUUGGAAGCCGCCCAGAGUGGCUGGGGAAACCAUAAUAAUAAUAAUAAUAUCAUCAAAACAAUACUGCAAUUUGAUUAGAUUUUUGCUAUGAAGCUGUGAUGUAAAAAACAACAACAACCACAUCUGAAAAGAGCAGAAGACUUACAGUAGUUUGCUUUAUGUUUCAUAGAACUACUCACAGUACUAACAUGGAUAUAACCACCCCUGGUUUAAGACAGUCUAAACUAGUGUAAGCAGUCUGAUUAGCUUCUUAAUAUACUGUAAUAUCUAAACUAGCUGAAUUCCUACUAAUUUCAACAGGACUUGCUGCUUAGCAUGUACAGAAAUGCUCAAAGGCCUUGCUGCAGAGUCCUUCUGGGCACCCUAUCAAAUAUGAAGAAGAGUUCUAGAAGGUUCCUUAACUUGUGGUAAACAUUGAGGCAUUUUCCACCAAUUUUAUUUCAUUGGAAAGUGCUUGGAAGAUACUAACAGCAUAGAGGUGUCUUCUCAACUUUGUGAUUUUGCUUCUGUUUUGUGGGUAACCAUGUCCAAAAUUAGAUGUGAUGGCAGCAAAAAAAUGGGGAAGGGAGUCUUAAGAACAAAAAGAGUGUACCUGUGAGAGCCUGUAGAAAGAGUUUGUGUGCAGAGAGAAAGAGAAAGCGCUGAACCUUCCCCACACCUGCCACUCACCUUCCUGUGGCCCGUUCCUCACCCUUUGUUUCCCAGCCUGCCUUAUUUCCUAUAUUAGAGCCUAGAUGAGCGAAAAGUGACAUGGGGGGACAACCCACAAGGAGAUGCUCUGAAGACAGGGUGAGUGGUUAGGGUUUAGCACAUCUUCCCAAAUAAACCUUUUAAAUUAUAUCUGAUACAAAUUGCUUUAUUUGUGAUGGGAGGUAGAGAAGUGUAGCUGCAAAUGCUCACAUGUAGUUUGGCUUUAGAUUUUUCUAGGGUCUCAGUGUUAUAAACUCUAUAUGAUUCCUAAGAUGUCACAUGUAAUCAUAUAUGGAACAAGAUGACAAUUUAGAUAAAAAUUCAUUACCCAUUAAUAAAAGGCUUUUUGACCUGCAUUCUGUUCAGGACCAUCCUAAUGCUUCUGUAGUCACCCAGAGAUUUCCAGUUUCAAUUUGAUUAGGCUAGAACCAUGCAAGCACAUUCCAUUGUUGCAAAUAGGUAGGAGCUUUUUAUCCUAAAUAAAAUUAUAUUAACUAAGUUAAUGACAUUGCAUUGUAUAAUCAAGCUAACUGGCUAAGGUUGCAAUUGUAACACCACUUACCUGGGAGUAAGCCCAUUGACUUCAGUAAGCCUUACUUCUGAGAAGAAAUGGUAAGGAUUAUGUUGGAAAACACCAUCUCUCUUCCAACAAUAGUAUCAAGUGGCCAACUAUGUUUUGAGAUGAUGUUAUACAGGGACUCUUUGUUUCGACAUUGUAAUGCAUGCUUAACAGAUUGUUUGAAAUUGGAUGUUGCAGCAUAAACCAGUGUAUUUAUUUUGUGCAUCUCAGGACACUGUCCUAUUGUGUUGGGGGGAGGUAAAGGAUGUCUAGCACUUUAAUUUAGAAUCUUUGAUAAAUUGGAAAUCAUUUGGGUGUAAGGUAUAGUGUUUCUAAGAGAUGAAUGGACUUUCUUUUAUAAUAUAUUUAAAAUAAAUUUGUAUUGUGUCUUUUUCUG